GUACACAUGACAAGUCACGUGUAGGCCUUACGGUCGCAAAAACCGGAAAACGCGCGCAACAACUCUUCUGCUUUUCUGUCCUUGGCACCGCACAACACAACACAAAGUGCCGCACGCACGCACGCACGGACGCUUGGCACACGCGCUUCCUCCAAAGAAAAAGUACACAAGUGCAUCUUUACAACAUCUUUAAUUGGAGCAACAGUUUAAGUCUGAAGAUUGUGUUUCAACUAUUGGCGAUAAUAGCAGCAGCAAAAGCGGCAGCGCCAUCCUCAUUGAGGAUACCUGUUUCUUAUAGGCGACACUUGCGAUGAACACUCUCCAACAGCUUUGAUAUCGGCAGGCGUUCGUUUCUGCUGCUUAGGUUUGUUGUCGGAUCAGCCACGGUAGCUGCUGAUAUGCUGCUAUCGAGACUCGCCAUCGUCUUCCCUUCCGGUGGGGGAACUUAACAGCAGCAGGCAGAAGCAAUCGCGGUGGCACCAUUCUUACUAUUCUUUGAGGACACUUUCUUGUACCGGAAACAUAUCGUUUACGUCACAGCUUCGAUAUAGGGAGGCGUUCGUUGCUGCUGAUGGCGAUGGAAUUAUCAUCGGAAUCUUUCCCGGCGAUUUCUGAUCCGUUUUUUUGUUCUUCAAGUUAUGAAAAUAAACAAAUUUCUAUCACAAGAUACGUCAGAACUGUCAUUUUCACACAUAAGGGCUGCCUCGAAUUUUCGAAGUUAAUCAGGCAACACCAAAAUCAAACGUAUCACAUUCGUACGAAAACAAGAAUACCUUUUUCGAAUUCGAUCGAAAGUAUCCGUUCGAACGAACGGCAGAUACGCCGUAAACAAGAAUAAGGCCGUUAGUGUUUAAAACUAGUUAAAAAAAAAAUAAAAUGGAUCACCAUCAUCAUCACCACCAUGGAACGCCGCUCCAUUGGGGUUACUCUAGUGCUGUCGGCGUGGCACCGGCCGGUAUUCCGGUGGCCAGUUCGACCCCAAAUCAGCAGCAGCAGCACAACAACAACACCUGGACCCCACCUUCGUCCAAGGGACUUAAGCGAACACUAUCGGAGUCCCUCUCCGAUGACGAUCUCUACUCGGAGGAAUCCUCCAAGGAACAUGUCUCACCUGGCGAAUCGGACAGCUGUCAACUGCAGAGCCGCAAACGACGGCGCGGCGUGAUCGAGAAGAAACGCCGGGACCGGAUCAAUUCCUCGCUCUCCGAACUGAAGCGACUGGUUCCGAGUGCCUACGAGAAGCAGGGCUCCGCCAAGCUGGAGAAGGCCGAAAUCCUGCAGCUCACCGUCGACCAUCUGAAGCAGCUACAUGCGCGAGGCUUAGACGAUGCCAGCUACGAUCCGCAGCGAUUUGCCAUGGACUACCACAUAAUCGGAUUCCGAGAAUGUGUCGCCGAGGUCGCCCGUUAUCUUGUCUCCAUCGAGGGCAUGGACGUGCAGGAUCCACUCCGUCUUCGGUUGAUGUCCCAUUUGCAAUGUUUCCUGACCCAGCGAGAGCUUUCCUCCAAGGCUAAUGCCAGUCCGGCCUGGUCCCACAGCAGCUCCUAUCAGCCAGCUUACCCGCACUCGUCCAGCUACUACCAUCAGAACUACACCCCCCAGACGGCCACAGCGUCGGCACCGUACAUUCCACAGGUAGCAACCAUCUCACCUCACGACCAGGCCCUUCAGGCACACCAUCUGCCACACACGGCGCUGCAUUCGUCCUCCUAUGUCACCGGGGCCAGCACCUCUGACCACUAUUCCAGUCAACAUGACUCCUCCCAACAGCACCCGCAGCAACAGCAGGCCCAGCAACAACAGUCCGGCGCCGGUGGUUCGAACGAGCAGCAGUCCAACCCCACCUACAUCGACCUGUCCAACAUGCACCAGCAGCAGCAGCAAAACAACCGCGGCGCCACCUCAGCCAGCGUCGGCUACGGCAACCCACAGUAUCCGGUUAGCACCUCAACCUCCCACGGGUACAGUGCUACCUCCAACAGUUACAACGCCAACUCGGCCAAACCCUACAGACCAUGGGGCGCCGAAAUGGCUUGCUGAAAAAAGAAAAGCAAUACCAUCAAAAAAAUUUCCCAUACCGGGAAUCGAACCCGGGCCUUCUGGGUGAAAGCCAGAUAUCCUAGCCACUAGACCAUAUGGGAUGUGUUGUUCCGGAGGGUCUUCGCAUCCAAUGACAAUCUCUGAGCCUACGAAUUACCGGUACCUUCCAGGUGCAGAUGCCAAAGUGAUAGAACCGAACCAAAUGAUUUCUUUCCCUUAAAAAUAAUAACAAACUAAAAUGUAAAUAGCACUUAUCCAAAAAAAAACAACGCCAAAAUGAGUCUGAACCAAACACAGGAACGUGGCGCGCAUCACACGAAAGCUUUAAUAAAUGUUUCUAGAAAACCAACGAAAAAACUGAAAGUUAACAAAAUAUUUCCGCCGCUACACCGGUGAGAAAACCUUUCUUCAAAACACUGUGUAAAUGUUCUUUGUAUUUUCGAACUGACAUAUCGUUCUAAGAGUAGGGAUUCUUUAAUUUAUUUGAAGAUAAAUUUUCAACUAUUUAUACCAAAUGAAAAAUAAAAACAAAAACAUAAAGACGGUGGACGAAAUGAAACUAGAAUCUAGCUUUAAGGGUGCAACUAAUCGAGUCAAUUAGUACUUUAAGAAAAAAAGGAUAGAGUUUAAGUGAUGGAAGUAAGAAUGUCAAUGAAUGAAACGGGCCAAAAGGCCCAAAUUUAAUGAGGAUUUCUUCUAGAGGUAUUAUAUAGGUCGUAUACAGACGGGUAGGAUUCUAUUUUUAGGACGACCCAAAGUUGUGAUUCCAAUUUAAUAAGCUUUUUUGAUUUCUCUAAACAUGAAUUCCUAUGGAAGAAAACCAAUUAUAUAUGUACAGAGAUUUUUAAAACUGAAAGUAAACCAAAACGAAUAAAAUUUUAUUGAAAUUUAAAA